UCAAUCAGUUGCCGAGACCUCGAAACUUUCCUAUUUCUAGUUUUUCUAGUUUCUGACUAAUAUUUUAAGUGUUUCUGACUAAGUUCUGUGCUUGUCUGCGGUUGCAAUCGCUUAUUGCAACUCGGUAAUGUGCGCUGUGACUAUUUCGAGUGAAUAAAUCGUGACAAAAGGACAAAUGAUGGUUCCGCAACAGCAAAGGAGAAGACGUCGCCGUGCUGUCCUGGCUCGGACAGCUGAGCGUCGUUUGGUGGUGGCCAGAGGUGCCGGGGGUUUCGGGUUUACGAUAGCGGGGCAGCGGCCGUGCGUUGUGUCGGCGGUGGCGGCGGGCGGGCCGGCGGAGAGAGCAGGGCUUCGGGCUGGGGAUGCGUUGUUGACGGUGGACGGCGCGAAUGUGGCGCGGGCUCCUCACGCGUCGGUGGCGCGGCUGGUGGCGGCGGCGCCGGGGGCCAUCUCGUUAAGUGUGGCGCCAAGAGAGUCUCCACCGACGGAUACCGAGGACACGGAGCCAGACGAGAGAGCGCGUACGAGGAGAAGGCAUCCUCCGCCGCGCCGCAGACCACAGAUGAUGCAUCAUCCAGGCUGCCAUGCCGCACCCAGCACAUCAGGUGUCAACGAAAUUCUUCAGAACUUGAGCCGGGCCCAACUGACUCCCAACCACGUCGCGAGGCUAGAAUGCCGCGCCGUCGUCGGGUACCUAGGCACCAUAGAAACACCCCAGGCUGCAUCCAACGCCGCGCCCGGCAAUGUCCGAACAGCGGUCCGGAAGCUAAGGCAGGAACGACGACCGGCAGCACCUGUCCUACUCUCCGUACUCCCCAACGCGCUAUUUCUCAGACGCCCCACCGGCCAAGUCCUAGCACAAUACCAGCGCGAGCGAAUCGUAUACGCUGGCUGCGGUUCCGAAGCCGAUCGGCGAUACUUCGGCCUUGUGACGUCAGCAGAAACAACUGAAGCAGAAGCGUCGCACAGCUGCCACGUCUUCGCAGUAGACCCGCGAAUGGCGGAACACGAGGCUCAUGUUACAAGAGCCAGAGAGUUCCAAAUCGCUUGCACUAGAGACCCGGUCGCGGAGAGAUGUUUAGAGUUCCCACCGUCAGCUGAAUACGUGGUGGGAGUCAUAAAAGGGAUGUACUCGUUACCGGCUGACGAGAGUGGUAGUCCGAGCUUGCAACAGAUCUCAAAAUUGGCAGUGAAGGGGGACAGUCCCUCUGUGGGGAACUUUUCAAGAUGCAAUAGAGCUGCCUUUCGCGUGCCGCGGGACAGACGGCCUUGUAGACGAGAUGAUGCUAGAAUGGACGGGCAGGAUUUCGUCGCUAAUUCACCGCAGCCGAGCAACCACAGUGAAGUGACAACAACCUCGAGCAAUAGCGAUUCGGGGAUCGGGUUCCACAACGACUGUAGAAACAUCGCAGAUCGGAUAUUGGUCGUUGAUUUCGCGCAGCGUCCUGUAGCUGAGGGUUUCAUUCGUCCACGGCGUCCAAUCGGGAUGGUAGGGUGUGGUUUCGACGCGGAUGGUUCAUUCUUAUCUAAUGCUACGCCCGUGGUGGACGGUUUUGGAGGGCAGGGGCGCCACUUGAAUCUUGAUGACGUGUUGCUUCAUGCGACGGAGCCGGCGGUGCGGCGCGAAGACGGCUACAACUAUAACGGAGCACACGGCCGCGCGGGCGCUGUCUAUGACCGCGUCUGCAGCGAGAGCGAGGGACACUACGAGUUCAUUCCUGCGCAACUGGAUAUAGAUCGCGUAGCAGAAACCUUCAAUUCCGUGGAAAUCUAUGAAGAACGCCCUCGAGUGACCCAGUGGCGGUCAGUUGAAUCGGUCACUGAGACCGCUGGUACCGAGGCCACUGAGACCGAAGGAGCUGGGAGCAAGGCCUCAGCAGAUUCCGUGUCUAUGUACUCGUCUCGAAGCCAUGAGGAAGCCAGGCCCAGGCGAAGGCAUCUACAAGCGUCGCUCGAUGAUAUGCUGGUGUUGGGCCUGAGAGACCCGCCUGCGAGUAACAGAGACGACGAUAACUUUGUGCAUCCGUCUUCUAUUAAAUGCAAGGUUCGCAAAUCAAUGAAGCCACUCAACUUGCUCUCAAAAACCAAGAACAUACUAUCGGGGCGCGACCGCUCGCGCGAUUCCCGCGACCGUUCACGAGACUCCCGGGACCGCUCCUGCGACUCGCGGGACAAGUCCCGGGACUCGAGAGACAAGUCCCGGGAUUCGAGAGACAAGUCCCGGGAUUCGCGAGACAAGUCCCGGGAUUCUAGAGACAAGUCCCGGGAUAAGUCCCGGGACGCGAGAGACGCGAGGCGGCGGGCGCUCAGUGCUAGUGCUAGUGAAGUGUGCUCCGGGAAUGCGGCCUCUGAUGAUGGAUUGGCGGCGGCUGCGAGCGAACCCGAUCUGAGAGAUACACAGAGCGAGCAGUCGUCGCCAUUCCGGCGCUGGACGACCGGCAGCGGCGCCGGCAGCUCGUACCGCCAUCACGACCACAGAAACAUGUAUAAUAAGCAAAUGAGCGAAGGCUCAGCGCCAGUGGGAGGCACCGGCGGCGGCGGCGUGGCGCGCUGGUCGCUCGGGCUCGAACAGCUGUUAGCUGACCCCGCCGGCGCGGCCGCUUUCGCGCACUUCCUCGCUAAAGAGUUCGCGGCUGAAAACAUCAGGUUCUGGUGGUCAUGCGAGCAGUACAGCUCAACAGAAGACCCUGAGAAACGGGCAGAGAUAGCUCAAGAGAUCUGGCACCGGCAUCUAGCGGACAAGGCGUCGGAGCCAGUCAAUGUGGACGCCGCAGCGCGCCGCGCCGCACAGCUCCGUCUGGACCAGCAGCCGGCGCCGCUUGACCUGUUCCAGCAGGCCCAGAAGCAGAUCUUCAACGUGAUGAAGUUCGACAGCUACCCGCGCUUCCUGCGCUCGGGCGUGCACGCCGAAUGCGCGCGCGCGGACCUCUGCGGACGGCCCUCGCCAUACGCGCCCGCCGACCCCGAACCCGCUAAGCAAAGCCCCCUAAAGAAGUCAGCCAGCAAUGCCUCAGAAAGACGGCGUAGUGGCGGCGCGUCCCUUCUCCCUUGGAAGCUGCGUGCUCCCUCGAGGGACCGCCAGCCGCCCGCCAGCCCGCCGCCGCCGCUUGCUGACGUAGUAAAAUCGAGCCAAUCUGCGGGCUGUUCGCUCUGCCGCGUGGUGCUACCGGACGGCGCUACGUCGGUGGUGGGCGUGGAGCCGGGCGUGCCGGUGCGGCGCCUGGUGGAGCGCCUGCUGCAGCGCCGGAACCUCGCCGCCGCCGCCUAUGACGUGCUGCUGAAGGAUGCUGGACAGGGCGAGUCGGCAACCAUCGACCUAUCCUCUCCAUCCACCAUUAUCGGCGGGCGUGAAGUAGUGGUUGAACGUCGCGCGGUUGUACGAGUGGAAUUAGCUGGACGCGUGGUGGCCGUUAGAUGUAGACCCGCGCGCCGGUUGAGACAUGUUCUGAGGCCGGUGUUAGCAAGAUACGCGCCUGCACACGCCUUGGUCACACAAAGAUUGGUGCUAAGAGACGGGUGUCACGUUCAUCCUGAUACACUCAUGCAGGAACUAGACGGAGCACGGCUUCAAAUUGUGGAAGUGUCUGAGAGCACGACGUGCACGACCGAGCGCGACGACGAUGCCGACUCGCUUAGUGACCUGGCGCUACGGCUGCAAGACGACGCCAAGGCGCUGCCCCCCGCGCUGGGGGCCCCGGCGGGGGGGGCCGGGGGGCCCGCGGGGGGCCGCGUGCGCGCCGCGCUGCGCUCCGGCCCGCCGCUACACCAUCACCCGCCAGACUUCCUAGAAAACCUCCGCGAGACGCAACGCCAGCGGCUGCAGAAGGAGCCCUCCCCGCCGCCCGCGGGCCCCGCCGCGCCCCGCGCGCCGCCCCCGCUGCCCCCCAAGCCGUCCCAGCGGGCCCCCACCGUCGUGUGAACACGGGGGACGCUGGCACUCUGGGACUCUACUCACCGGGGUUAAUGACCGCCCCGAAUGUCUGUGCCCUUCCUCUGCUCGCCGAUCAGGUGACAGAUGAUUGUGUUCAACUCAGCAUCCGUCUCCGGACUCUGUGGUGCGCCGAUUGAAGUCUCGCGCCAAGUUUUGUCUGUGGCGCGCCGGACGUUAACGAUUACGUCACGAUCGCGAUGUAAAAUACUGAUUGUUUUGAUUCAUGACUGAUUGAAUGUUACAUGCGUUAAAAAUAUGAUUUUGCCAUGAAUUGAUUAUUGUAAAUCAUAUCGAUAUGUAGAUAAAUAAAUUCGCAAACGAUCUUGAUUAAUUGUAAUCUGCUCAAAUAGCCAUUUAUUAGUGUUGUAAAUGCAUCUAUUGGAUAUAGUUGUUGAGUAGUAUUGAUUGUUUUAUUUGUACAAAUGUAUGCCAUGUUAUGAAAUCAUUCCAACUAUGAAAUGUACAAUGAUUGUGUAUUAGUUUUCGCACUGUAUAAAUAUUGUAAAUAUGUUGUGACUAAAUAAUGAUGCCUUCCAUAGUGGAUAAGACUGCACUAACUUUAUGAGUGCCUUGCAGUGUUCAGUACAUACCUAAAGGGUCAAGGAAUUGAUGAGAAAUUGAUUUAUGUAAUUUAAGAUGUAACUUUUUUAAAUAUAUUCAUAUUUAUGAAACAUAUCAUUUUGUUAUUAGUAAAAUUGCAACUGUAAAAUAGAAAAUGUUAAUAAAAUUUUAAAUCACCUAGCCCUAAACAAGGGGAAAACUAACGCUAGAUAUGAAACUAACAAAUUGUACUGUAAGUGUGGGUACUGAUAGUCUAGUAAUUUAUUGUUAUAAACAAAGCAUACAAGAACAAGAGUAAUUGCUCUGAGAGUAUUAAAUAUUGAAAAUAAAAUUGAUUGAAAAUUA